UCCAUUGGACAGGGAGACCACCUGUACAAGGAAAAUGUCCAGCUCAUACUAUCCUGCUUAUCAAAAGCAGGGAGAUGUGGAAUUUGUCCGGACGGGAUACGGGAAAGAUGUAGUGAAGGUCCUCACAAUCAGGAGAGAGGGAAAGCAUCAUUACAUCAAAGAGAUCGAAGCAAACAUUCAGCUUACACUGAAGACCUUAAAGGAUUACAUGCACGGAGACAAUUCUGAUAUUAUUCCUACUGACACAAUGAAAAAUACCAUUCACGCCUUGGCUAAGCUCAAAGGGAUUCGAACGAUUGAAGAAUUUGCCCUGGAUAUAUGUGACCACUUCUUGACUUCCUUUCAACAUGUUAAACGGACGACGGUCUACAUUCAGGAGGCACCUUGGAAACGCCUGGAGAAAGAUGGUGUAGGCCAUGUACACACCUUUGUUCAUACUCAAGAAGCAACACAUUUUUGUGAAGUUGAACAGAUCGAAAAUGAACCCCCUGUGAUUCACUCUGGAUUGAAAGACAUGAGAGUCUUAAAAACAACACAGUCCGGCUUUGAAGGAUUCCGAAAAGAUCGAUUCACUACAUUGCCCGAAGUGAGCGACAGAGUGUUCUCCACCAUUGUGUAUGCUAAGUGGCGUUACAGUAGGCCCAGACAUGUCAACUUUGAUGCAGCCUGGAGUACCGUGAAGGAUUCAAUCAUUGAGACAUUUGCAGGACCUUAUGACUCUGGAAUAUACUCUCCCUCUGUCCAGAAGUCCCUCUAUGAUGCUCAGUGCCUCUGUUUGAGCAGAGUACCAGAGAUGGAAGAGAUUGAAAUGGUCAUGCCAAAUAAACAUUACUUUACAAUUGAUAUGACGAAAUUUGGAAUUCAUAAAAAUAACGAGGUUCUACUGCCUUUGGAUAACCCCUCAGGAAAUAUUUCGGGUACUGUACGGAGGAGAUUCACAUCCAAACUGUAGCAGAAGAGGGUCAAGAGAAAGAGGCAGAGAGAGGAGAGAUCAAACAUUGAUGCAUCAUUGGUGAAUCAAACACUCAGGACAAAGGUGAAAAUUUAAAAAGGAAAUGAACAAAUCUCACAUGGCCCAGUGCAAGUGGAAAACAUGGAUUAAAUUAGAAGUUUGAUCACAGGUUAAAUGCCAAACCUUUGCAAAUGUGUUUAUUAAACGCAAGGGUAGAAUGUUAAGAUAAUGUUUUAAUGUUGGAAUAAACACAGCUGUUAGUUUUGCAUUAGAUAAUCUAACAAUGGAAUUACUUGGAUGAGCACUUGAAAUGUUCAUAACAUUCAAGGUGUGGGCCAAGUGCCUGGGAUUUGGAUAGAUUGGUCAGCUCCAACUCGAUGGGCCAAAGGGCCUCUUCAGUGCUGUACGAUUCUAUGACAGGUUAGCUGCAAAAGGUCUCCUCGUACAUACAGACUGCAUCAUCCCACGGUUUUCCCAAAACGCAUCUCCUACAGUGUUCAUCAAGAAACACAAAGCACAAGUGACAAGGCUUUAACCAACACCAUUAUUAUUUUUAAAAAAAACAUCAAUGUAACAUUUUUUUCUCUUAAGCAACACGUAUAAAUACUUUCAAUGUACAUCUGUAUGCAAAUUAAGAUGACCGAUUACAAUACAAUAAGUCAAUAAAAUCUGCAGUUAUUAUACACGGAAGAAAAAAAAAUCAUAAUUUAACACAUCACACACAAAAUACUUGUCGGGAGAAGCAGUCAGCAAUUUUCUGCUGAAUAAACUCCACAUGUCUCUCUCGUGCUGUGUUCAAAUUCACACAACUAUGAGGAUGACAGUGUCACUAUCAUGUUUCAAGUUUUCAAAACGCAUACAAGUUGUAUAACACUUACACCGGUGCAAGCACAAGCUACAAUACAGGCUUUACCAUGAUAGACAAACACUUGGGUUUGAAGCAAUCUGUGCGUCUCUCUGUAGUGACCAAUGCAAAACUUUUUGGGUUCAACCUCGGGUUCCAUUGCGAACUCCGAAAAAGAGGAAGAAAAAAAAAGACAACAGUAACCCAGGAGUACGUACACGUGGGCUCUCUCCAAAAUCCCCUCCAGCUGCUUUAGGGGAUAAAGAAGUCCUUUUUAAAAUGACCUGUGAGGAUGGUGGGGUGGGAGAAGUGGUGGCUGGUUACAUUAUCAACCUGCAUUCUUACUAAUUACAGCAAAACGCUACAGAUGCUGGCAACCAGAAAAAAAAUAUACACAGAAAUUGCUGGAGAAACUCCGUACAUCUGCCGGCAUCUGUAGAGACAGAAGCCGAGUUAAUGUUUUGCGUCCAAAGAAUUCCUACAGUGCAGAAGCAGGCCAUUCAGUCCAUUGGGUCUACACCAACCCUCCAAAGAGAAUCCUACCCAGACCCACUCCCUACCCUACAUUUCCCAUGGCUAAUCCACAUCACCUGCACAUCCCUGGACACAAUGGGGCAAUUUAGCACGGCCAAUCCACCUAAGCACAUUACACAGACACAAGGGGAAUGUGCGAACUCCACACAGUCAUCUGAGGGUGGAAUCGAACCUGGGUCCCUAGUGCUGUGAGGCAGCAGUGGUAGCCAGUGAGCCUUCAUAAGUCCAGUAUCGCUAUUCUUCCGAACUUUACUGACUCUGUGCUGCAUGACUGAGGUAUACUGACUCCGUGCUGUAGUACUGCGGUAUACUGACUCUGUGCUGCAGUACUGAGGUAUACUGACUCCGUGCCGCAGUACUGAGGUAUAAAAGAGGUGACCUACUGAAACUGCAGAAUUUGCUAGGGCUUUGAACAGGGCAGAUGGUGAGAGGAUGCUCCCCCCCCCGAGGAGGGUUUGUUCACAUCAAGGGGUUCUCCCAUUCUGACAAAGAUGAGGAAAGAUUUUGUCUCUCGGGGGUCAGUAAUGCUUAGAAUUCUCUCCCUUGGAAAUUAUUGCUGGCUGAGUAACUGAACAGAUUCAAGUCUGAGACAAGGCAGAUUUUUGAUGGACAGAAGUCCAGCGUUAUGGCAGGAGACAUUAGAUGAGCAAUGAUCUUAGUGACUGACAAGAGUCUUUCUUUUUAAUUAACUUAUUUUGCUAAUCAACCUGUUCAGCUAGGUUAUUACACACCUCUGGAGCAUGUGGGGGCGUGAACUGCAGUCUCCAGGUCCAGGAGCAGGGACACUACCACUGUGCCACAAGUGGGCCCCACUGACAGUGUCUGACUAAAGGGCCAAGUGAUCUAAAUGUGUGCCUAAUUCUUGUGUUGUUUCCCAAUAAUGCAAAGUAGGGGCAUUUCAGACAGUGGUAGUGUCCCUACCUCUAGACCAGGGGACCUGGGUUUAAGUCCUACCUGCUCCAGAGGUGUGUAGUAACAUCUUUGAACAGGUUGGUUAGUGGAAAAAAAUAUAUGGUGCAGACUUAAUUGUCUACAGCUUUAUCUGAUCUAUGGUCCUGCAGUUUUUAUAUAUCAACAGAAAUGAAACUGUACAGAACUGCUAAAUAAAGAAAACAGACCAAAUAAAAAAUGAUCAAAAACAA